AUGAGCAAGUUACAAGUACUUACGAAGUGGACUGAUGAUGCAGCCGAUGACUCUACAUGGGAAGACGCAGAGAAGCUAGUGGAAGCAUUUCCAGAAUUGGAGCUUGAGGACAAGCUCUUAGUCGAGGAGGGGAGAAAUGAUACACACUCUGGUCUUAAGUAUCAUUUUGAGACGGCUAUCGAGAAUCAGCGCCCAACCGCGCAGUCCGGCUGGCCGAGGAACGAAUGUUCCGCGCUCGGCCAAAACAUAUCCGUCCGACUGAAGUCUCGGCCAAAGUCCAAACCACCGGCCGAUCACGCAAUCACGACCCGGGAAACAUUAAGCCCGCGGUCGGCCAAGCCACAACUCACGCCACGCCGCGCACGACCAGCCGCGCGAGCCGGGAACAAGCCUCGCGGCCGCGCAACCACUCGCGUACCACGGCCGAUGCAUCCGUCCGAGCCGGGAAAGAACGUCCCACGUCCGGCCGAGAAACCAUCGGCCAAAUUCCUCAUCCGUCCGACCACACCGGCCGACCGUGAAAUCAUCCGGCCACGACCGUUCCGACUCGGCCAAGACCCGACUGUCCGGCCGAUCGUCCCGACCGACCGUCCGAACGCCGCGGUCGACCCGAAGCCGUUUUUGAAGCCCAAUCCGCACAAUUCAAGCCCAAAGCCGGCGCCGACCUAG